CAGCAGGGUCCUCUCGUCACUCUUGUAAACACACUGCAAAACACAACUCUAUACACAAGCUUUACAAAUAAUUCCCAUUGAGCUCACUGACGCGCCAAAUCUCUCAAAAACUUUAGUUCCCUCCACAUUCCGUUACCACAACAUACCGUGGGCGGCAGUGACGUCACUAUCAGCGGCGGCAGGUCGGUAGCUGAGCCGAAACUGUGCUAGUUCCCGAAGAUAUUAAAGUCUGCAAAAUGUAACAGGACUUAUCGUGCGAGUCAUGUAACGUGACGUCUCCACCGGUACCCAUCAAUGGAUAUUACAGCCAGAAGUUUUUGAACGGUGUUUGGGUUUAACGUCUCCGGCAGAACUGAUCCCAGAGCAGCUAGCUGAGCGUUAGCUCUAACCCGGGAGACUUGAAGUUGAGCAGCACUCAGCUGGCUGAGCUCUGAGUGACCGACAGGGGACAUGCUGCACUAAAUCAUGGAGUCGAGCCGUUUGGUCGGUGACUGUCUGUCUCCGGAGUCGACGGUGACCUCACUGCUGUCGAGCUCAGGCCAUCUGAGGAGCAGCCUGCUGGCCCCUGAACUCAACAGCACCUUCAGAUACAGAGACAAGAACUAUGACUCAGCCUCGGCGGCGUUGGACGCCUACAUCGCAGACUAUGAGGGCAGUCAUCGGAACAGCAAGUCGUUGACAGGAAAGCUCGUUCUGCCGCUCAGUCCACCCUCCAGGCUGAGCAGAGCCAGAGUGAGCACGCUCAGAAACAAAGAUGUCCUCAGGGAGCGUUUAACUGAUAGGGAGCUGGACUUCCUGAACCUCCCCGUCAGCUCUCUCCAUCACAGGAGCAACCGAGACAGACUCUCCAUGACGACGGAUGAGCUGCUGUCCAUCCCGCACGACGGCUCAAUGCCUGUCACCCACACCUCCGCCUUCAUCCAAGGGUUCUUGUCCCAGUCUGGAGCCUCCCUGCCCUGCCCCUCCUCCUCCAGACCAGCACACAGAGCCUGGGACAGACUCAGCAGCAGCCAUCCUGCCCCCCAACUGAACCACCAUCACCACCCUCAUCCUGCCAGAACUCCCAGGAGCUCCAGGUGCAGAGGAAGACCAGGGGCAGCCACGGUGAAUACAGAAGAUGGCAUCUCUUCAGUCAGCUGCCAUCAGCUUGUACACAGGGCAGCACGACCCGAGUGGACGGAGCCGUCUGCGUCGCUCCACCUCCCUCACUGGUUCACCAGCAACAAGACCGACAUGGACUGUUCUGGAAUCACCAGCGUGCCGGACCUGACUUAUCCAGCCUGGAUCCAGCACUGCGACCUCAGCGAGCCAACACCGCCCACAGAGUCAGAGCUGUGGGAAGAACACGGUCUUCUUCCACCUGCAACUCUCAAACACGGAGCUCCGUCCUGGGUUGCAGAGCUGGAGGACGAUGAUCCCGACCAGGCACCUGCACAGGUUGACAGGCAAGACACUCUCGGAGAUCUGAGGCUUCAGUUUGCUGAACACAUUUCUUUGCUCGCUGCAGAGAAAAGCUCCAACAUGAUGGAAACCCUCUACAGAGACAACAGGAUUGAGUCUCUGAUCCAGAAGGCAGAUCAGGUGUUGAACUCUCUGUCUCAGAGUUCUGGAGGUCCUGCAAAUCCAGAUGGUCUCACUGAUUGUGCUGAAAAAGCUGUCUGUGGACUGUCUGUGGACUCCCUGUGUUCCUCCUCACACCGUCAUCCAGUCACUCUGGAAUCAGCAGCAGCAGUAGGGGGCGUCACAGAGGCUCAGACUGACAGAGGAGCACAGGUCCUCCAUGGAAGCAGCAACUUUAAGCAGCCCGGUCCAGUGGAAGCUCUCAAACAGAUGUUCUUCAGACUGCAGGCGGUGGAGGCAAAGCUGCAGAGACAGACACCGGCAGCUCCGCCACUCACUGACAGGCUACAGACAGAGGAGACACCAGUGAAGCCCAGGACUGAAGCUGAAGCAGAGCUGGAGAGUUUUCCUGGUGGACCGUCACUGCAGAGAGCUCUGCAUCACCUGAGCCGGCUGAAGGUGCUGGUGGAAGAACCCAGAGGGAAACACAGAGAGGAAGAGGAGAAAGACGAAGACGAAGGGCGCUACUCCUCUUCAUCUGCUGACGGACCUGUCUGCUCUCAGCACAAACCCUCCUGAAGCUUCAAGGCUGUCUAUCAAAGCCAGGGACUUCCUGUUAGUGUCCCCUCCUUUGUGUUUCCUGUCAUGUCCUGCAGCAAAAGACGAACUGUGCAGAGUGAAUCGAGCUCAGCAUUUGUAUUUUAGAUGAGAAGAGACCAAACCAGAAAAGAACAUUCAUAAAAUGUGGGAUGAAGUUAUGUGUUAGUGUUACAGUGAAGGAAGCUCUUAACUCGCCGUCUGUUCUGGUUCAUUGUGGGGAAAAAAUUGUCCAGUAAAGGAGCCGUCCUGUGAGAGGAAGGUGUUAAGAGACCUGCCUCUAAGUCACGCCUCUUUCUCUUUUCUAUUUCUAUUUCUACAUCUGUUCAGAAAGAUGCAGCACGGUGAUGGAGUUGUUUGACUGUGGAUUUUUUGCACUUUUGAUGGAGCUAGCUGCUUUUCCUGCUGCCAAUCUCCAGGACCUUUCUCUGUACUGAAUACUUUACAACAACUGAUACUGAAUUCUCGGGACCAAUGCCAAUACUGAUAUCAGCUGGUUAAAAACUUCAGAUUUUGAUAUAUUGGCCAAUAUUCUUUUUUAUAAUGCAAGUAGACUCACAGAUUUUACCGUGAUCCUUCAAAUAUCGCCGAGAAGAAGAAAGUGCAAAUAGAUAAAUAGAUGUUAAUAGAUCUAAAUAGCAUUGAUUUUUCUGCAGAAGUUAUCAGGCAACAUAUCUGCAGAUAACAACAUAUCUGUGAUUGGUCAAUAUCUGCCUUUAAAUGACAGAUGAGGGUGACGCUGUGCAGCAUCUCAGUGAUAACAGUGGGACUCAAACUGAGAGAGGAAAUGACGAGACAGACAAAAUAUUAACAUACUCCACAAUAUUCAACAGACUCCAAGCACCGGUUCAGCUGCCGAGACACUAAUGGUGUCAAAUGAAUGUGUCUAAGUGCCAAUAUGAAUGUUGAAUUUGAUGUCUAGUCUGUCAAUGCACUGAAAGUGUCCUUUGUCCACAUCAAUGUUACCUUAUUAUGAUAAAUGUUACGUGCCUACGUUAGCCAUUAGCUUGUUCUUAUGCUAAAAGGUGACUGUUACAUACUAAACCUCAGCUGACUGCAGCUACAUUAAUAUUAGCUUACGUUUGAACAUGCAUCAUUGCUUUAUGAAGUGUUACAUGCUCAGGUUCAGCAUAUUCUCAUGUGUUAAUUGUUACACGCUGAAACUCAACAAGGUUUCAAACUAUAUAACUUAUUUUGGCAAAAUAGAUUAUUUGAACACUGAUAUGAUGAGUGAAAGAAUCUGUUAAAACAUGUAUUUAUUCCUCAGACUGAGGGAGAGAGAAGAAGUGUUCUGUGCCAGCAUCCAAAGCUCAAAGCAGCAGCAUGUUACAGAUGAGACAGUCUGCCUUAUCCUGAUGAAUGCUGUGCCACAAUCUGAGCCUGAAAUAUGUCAAACUUUGAGCGUAAUCAGUCAAGUGCCUGAAAGACAAACAUGUUGAAUGUUGAACGUGUUUAUCACACGAACGUUAACGCCCCUCAUAUGACGUGAACGCUUUGGAUUGAGGAAACGGUCUCUUUUGGUUCCAUCCUCCAGAGUUUAGUUCUUUCUGAACUCUUAUUGAUCCGUUCAUAUGUUUUGUCUCUCCGCUGAUGAAGACAGACAGACAGACAGUGUUUCCUCUCUUACUUCACAUUUCGAACCUUUAAAGAGCCAAAUCAGUGUUCAGGCACAAAGGAGACCUGAAUAUGAAAAUGAUGCUUUUGUAACAAUAAUCUUGUUAAUGUUUAAUGUUUUCAUUCCCAUGUAACAGACGUGUCUCCUUCAGCUCACAUUAAAACCUCUUACUUUACAACCUU